CAGAACCGAGUCAGCUACAAAUUACAAAUUACAAAUUACAAUUGCAAUUACACACCAACUCGGAGACAUCUCCGUCGAAAACCCAACGCCCUAAGCCAACCCACUCGCCACCCUGCUUCCAUUCUCCUUCUCCUUUCCUUUAACGUUGAUUGAUGGGUCUGCGAUUCUCGUCUCCGCCAUCGGAAUCGGCGCCCAAGUACGGUUUGGGCGAGUUGCCCGAGAGCUGCGUGGCUGAGAUCAUGACCUACAUGAACCCUCCCGAGAUUUGCAAGCUCGCUACGCUCAAUCGUGCCUUCCGCGGUGCUUCCUCCGCGGAUUUCGUCUGGGAGUCCAAGCUGCCGUCCAAUUACUCCGUCCUCCUCCGCCGCAUCUUCGAUGAUUUCCCCUCUCAUUUGGGGAAGAGGGGGAUUUACGCCAGGCUUUGCAGACUCAAUUCUCUUGAUGAUGGCACCAAGAUAGUUGUGUUUUUGUGCAGACAAGUGUGGCUGGAUCGGAGCACGGGUAAGCUGUGUUUGUGCGUUUCGGCCAAGGGAUUGUCCAUAACCGGGAUUGAUGAUAGAAGAUACUGGAACCAUAUCCCCACUGAGGAAUCUAGAUUCAACAGUGUUGCGUACCUCCAGCAGAUCUGGUGGUUUGAAGUGGAUGGAGAUGUUGAGUUCCCGUUUCCUGCUGGGAGAUACAGCAUAUUCUACAGAAUACAUCUAGGACGAGCCUCCAAAAGAUUUGGCCGGCGAGUUUGCAACACAGAGCAUGUUCAUGGGUGGGAUGUAAAGCCUGUUCGAUUCCAGCUAUGGACUUCAGAUGGCCAGUAUGUUACAUCCCAGUGUUUUCUGAAUGGACCAGGUAAAUGGGCCUUUUACCAUGCAGGCGAUUUUGUUGUCGAGAAUGGUAAUGCAUCAACAAAAGUUAAAUUCUCUAUGACUCAAAUUGACUGUACUCAUACAAAAGGAGGGCUCUGUUUAGAUUCUGUGCUCAUAUAUCCAAGUGAAUUCAGAAAGGUUAAAGCAUUUUUAAAUAGCUCUUAACCUUGUCGACAAGUAUAUAUAAUUGUAUACUAGAGCGUAGGCCGCGUCAGGAGGAAUAGAGAAUCGAGUUUUUAGUAUGGUUCUUUAAGGUUUAAUUAAGAAUUUUGUAGAAGCCAGGAGUUGAUGUACAUAUCGAUCAAUGUCUGGUUAUUUAGUCUGGAAGACUAUCUCGAACAUUCUAUCUCAACCAUGUUUGUUUUUUAUUUUUUUUUUUUUUUUCUGCAGAUGGAACAAAAGUGACCAUUUGAUGACAAUGAAAUGUUGAUCAUGCUUGAAGUAAACGAAAAAAACUGGACUACUUUUUUAGUCUA